CAACACUACUAUAUAACAAAUAAUUUGAGAUUUCAGAAUGUUUUGGAUAACAAUUGUUUUGGCCGUAACACGGCUACUAUACGUAUCAGCCCUGGAGUGUUACCACAUGAACAAAUACGGAGCCAGUAAACUCAUUAUCUGUAGAGGAUACUGUGCUAGCAUUUCAGCUGUGGUAGCAAACAACAACCUGGCGGAAGUUAACUACUGCGUCCCAGAACGACGGUGCUUAGCCGAGCUGGACUCCCGGCAAUUAACUGAUAUGGGUAGUCUGAUAUGCAGAGGGUUGAUAGAGAGUGCAAACCCAGGGGCCAUCACUCGGUGCCGCGCGGCUGUUUGUCAAAGUGACGGAUGUAACAACUACAACUUCAGAAGUGAUCCUGAAAUGAACGAUUGCAGUUUACACCAGUGUUCGAAUGCUGCGUGCCAUAACCCGGAGGAACUUAUAACCACAAUUGCUCCUCCUAUUUCAUCUACAUAUGCAACUGUCUCCACUCCGCUUAGAACAGAUGAUCAGAAGAUAAUUACCGAUGAGCCGGCACCAUCGACUCUAGGAAGCUCUGAUGGUCAGCCGGCCACGGAGAAAGCUAAUCCCGAAUUUGAAACGACCGGUGCGACCACAUCCGGCAACGAAAUCACAACUAAAGCUCCUGUUGUCACUUCUGAAGCCAAAAUCGAGACAGAGAAGCCCUCAACAACAACUGCGCCUAGUACCUCCCCGACUGAGAAACCUGCAACUGACCCUGCAACUGACCCUAAACAACCUACCACCGUCAAGGAAGAAAUUCCAGUUCCUAACACAACGAUGACUGAAGAGCCCGAGGUAAUUACCGAAAAGGAAUCCCCGACUACUCCCGAGAAUGAGCCGACGACGGCCAAGCCAGAGACCGUGGUGCCGGUUGAAGAAGAGGCUGUAACGGUUGAAGAAGAGGCUGUAACGGUUGAGGAAGAGGCUGUAACGGUUGAGGAAGAGGCUGUAACGGAUGAGCCGGCAUCUGUAACAGAUGCGCCAGAGGACCUUACAGAUGAAGAGCCUACUUUGGAUGACUUUGGUACCAUUACUCGUGGACCACCACUCGUUCCAACCGACUUCAAAGAAACCGGAUCUGUGACCAGUUACCCGCCAACCAUGGCAGAGGUCACGACUGAUGGUGCUAGUACGACCGAGGAGGUUGUUAUUGAGUCAACUGACUUUUCAGAAGUGAUCACUGUCGAUGUUGAAUUAGGUGCCAUUACUGAUGAUCAAAGCACUACGGAUGUCGUGGAUAUAACGAGGACUCCUUACUUGAGUAGCAAAUUCAAAAACUUUAUCGGAUCCUCGCAACCCGAAAAUGGGUACAUAUCAAACAAUUCUAUCGAAGAAGACGUUGAAAUCACCAACCGUGACACAGUCAAAAGCUCAGGAAUCUCAGGAGUAUCCGCUUCUUAUCUAUCCUUAUCUAUAAUCCUCCUUGCCAGCGCUGUAAUCCUGUGAGCACUCCUCACUCACCCCAACAACUCCCACAUUCCUUGUCUGGAGAGUGAAAUGACGCGUCUGUAAUUUAUAUCACUGAUCAGAAGUUUUGAGACCGCUUGGAGACCUUCAAGUUCCGGAGUUAGUGAACCCGAAAACUCUCCGAAUUUGAUGAUUGGAGAUGACUUGAGUGUCAUCACGACUUGUCGUGACCGUGAAAAUGAAGGCGUAAUGCUGAAAAUCGACCUUUAUGGAUUGGUCUUCAAUUACGACUGGUUUUGAAUAAACUCAUUAUUCGAUGAUUUGCUGGCUUAUCUUAGUUCGAAAUUUAGAUUUAGUCGAGAACUUCAUUUUUACGGCUCAAGCAAGGACGUUACCAAACUAUUGUCAUAAAAUUUUAACUAAUUUUAUAUGUUUAUAUCAUUUACUUAUGAAAUAAUUUUACAAGUAAUGCUCAAACCUAUGUUUUGAGUCUUGCUUUACAUUUUGUACAUAUCCAUAAUAUUAUUCAUAAUAAUAUGACAGUCAUGAUUUUAUACAUGAGUGGUGAUAAUAAUGAUGAUUUGACCACCCACAAGUGUGGUUCACAUCAAUUCAGUUUUCUCAUACAAUUUUUAAACGUGGCCUGGUCUGGGGAUUUAAUGCCGUGCAAGGCAUUCCGUUAUUCUUCCGUCCUAAACUGGGUGCUAAACCUUGAAGUAAAACUUAUUUGGAUUUUGAUAUUUUUGUACCCUUAAAAGCAUGAAACUUGCUCGACAGCUUGACUAACCCCCAUAUUUCAUCAAGAUUGUUGAUUUUUUUUUCAUACUAUUGAAUUUUGCAAGAUUUUGUAUUUAAAACACGGGUACUGUUAUUUGCUAAAUUAAGCAUCGUUUAGUGCUUUCAAUGAACUGUAUGAUUUAUGAGUUAAAUGUAAAUGUACAAGCAAAACUGAUAGAUGUUUUGCUGACCGACAGUGUUAUUGCUGAUUAAAGAUUCUAAAUAUUCUAUUUUUAGAAAACAACCAAA